UCUCGGUGAUUGCAGAGGAAAUCGGCAAAGCGUGACGUCGCGUCUGACAGGUGAACAAUGCGGGACGUUGUCUCGACGGGCCUGACCAGAGCACGCAGAGCAAUUCAUGACCAACCGUAAGCCGCUCGGAAAGUGAGAGUUUCGCGGAACCUACAUAUAAGAGCUCUUCGUGCCAGGAGCGGUUCAAAAGGGCUGAGGUACGCAGACGCAGCAAGCUGAAGACGGAUUUCACCUCUUACUGUGUGGCAUGACUGCGACCAUACCCAGCAGUCGGAUACUCUGCAUUGCAGCUUUCCUCACACUCCGUCGGCCAGUUUCAGCACGGCCGUCACUCUGGGCAAGCGCGGAUGCAUACCAACUUCCGGCAGGCGCUUUGCUGGUCCUUGCAGACAUCACAACGUCGUUUGAGUGCAACAGACCCGGUUACUACGCGGACAUCGACAAUGGAUGCAAACUAUUCCACAUAUGUCAUACAGUCCACGCACCGGACGCCGAGCCGGACCUGCACCAGUACAGCUUCUUCUGCGGGAACCAGACUGUCUUUGACCAGUUCUCGCUCACAUGUGCUCGCCCUGGAGACGCUCUGCCAUGCGAAUACGCCUCAGAUCUUCUCUACCUGAACGAACGCCUCGGCCGCGAAAACGUGGCGUUGCACGAAGACAAUGACGUCGUACUCCGUCAAAACAAGGCGUCUAAAAUGGGAACCAGCAGGCGCUACUUUGCGCAACGUAAAACUGCUUCUGCCAUCCAGAUCAGAUUUAAUGACGUUAGAUGAUCCCCACAUUGUUUUAAAAGGUGUUUAAACCAAAUUAUUUGAAAGCCAAGUGUUUGAAAGCCAAGAAGGAUACCUGGAUGGAAAAAAAAGAAGGAAAUGCUCGUUAAUACGGAGUGGGGACUCUGCGCCAAAUUUAGCCGAACUCCUACAUAUAUGCAUGCCAAUGUGUGUAUAUAAGGGAUAUAUACGAAUUGGAUAAUUAAAUUAACCCAAGCAAACCAUCAUAUGUCGUGAUUGUAAGUCGUAUUAUAUACGCACGGAUACAGGUAGAGUCUGCAUGUCAAUCUAGUCGUAGGAAUAGCACAAACGCUCGCACAGUGCUCGGAACUUCUGGUACCAGCAAUUCAGUAGCUCUUCGGUCGCGAUCCACGA